AUGGUGUGUUUCGUGAUCGGUAUUGGAAAUGAAUGGAGAAGUGGUGGAAUGUGCGGAACCACAUAUUGGAUUACUCCAGUGUGGCACGAAGCCCUUGACGUGCCGCUAGCUAUGGUUGUCUUGGUACACCUCGGCACGGUGGAGGUUUCGUAG